AGGUGCAACGCUCGCGCGCGUGGGGCAGGAAGUGGAGGGAUAUAUUUCACAAGGCCCUGCAAUCUGGGGCAUCAGGUGUUGUUUCCUGUUUCGGGGGGCGUAAAUCACGCAGACGUGGCUGACACAUCGCUGAAGGGAGCGCGCGGCAGGAAAGGAGCGGGCUGCGCGCAGUUCUUAGAGGGCUUUCCUGCCGUUUCUGCAUCAUGUGCGGUGGCUGUCUGUGGAAUGUGCUGUCAACAGGAAGCCUUAGUCUGACUGCUGGAAAAGAGCUCUCUGGCCAAAGCUGGGCACACUGCUAAUCUAAGCUCUUGCACUCACUCCCAGUUCAAAAAGUUUCGAAGGACAGAUCGCAAUCACAGAUGAGACGAGACUAAAAUCUGGUGUCUGGAUGCUUAAAAUCCGCCAAGGCCACAGGUGUGCCCGUUUAGAAAUAGGAUCCAUUAAAAGUUGAAUGACUGGUUUUUUAGUGGCUCAGGUUUAUCUUUAUUAGAAUGCCAAAUUCUAUUUUAUUUUUUGUUAUAGAGUCAUCUCUCUGUCCUCAGCCAUUAUUUAGGCGUAUGUACCCGGAUUCCAAUCACAUAAGAACCCAAAAAGAGUUAAAUAAGUUUAAGUCAAGGUCGCGAGCAACCGCAAUGGUGCAAUAAAUUGCGCCGCCAACGCGCGAGGCGCAUAUCAUAUACCCAAUUCGCCGCUACAAGAAGGGACCGGUCUGUGAACUUCUGAAAGCUACGCAUAGGGGAUAUUGACGGUUACAAAAUUUCCUUUGCCUUGUAGCAAAAAAAGUACUACAGAGUAUUCGCGUCAUUUCACGUCAUGGAUAAACAAAUGUGUAAAAUAAAUUCUGUGCUCUGAGUAGUUUGUAUUGUUGGGUAAGGUAACACAAUUCUGAAUACUUUGCCUUUUCAAAAUUUCCACAAUUGCAAAUAUUAAACUUUACACUGUGUUACACUAUUUAAUUAUUAGCCCUAUAAACGAAUAAACGUGUUCUGCUACAUUUAAAUGGAGUAAAUACGGAAUAUGCACUCUGUAGGGCCUAAAAUAAAUGUGUGCGCUGACAAGAACGGGUAAUUUGAGAAGUCCUUUAUUUUCAGGUAAAGCGGUUGUUCUUGCACUUUUGAUGUUGAUGCGUAAUGGUAUUAACACCACCCGAAUAUUUUAUAAUUAUAUAAUGUAUUAUGUGAUGUUAAUGUUUUUUAAAUUGAUAUUUAAACAAUAGGUAAUUGAUGAAAAAGUGUAAUUGAUAAAACUGAGAAAAUUAAACGCGUAGGCAUUAAAAUCGACCAUUACAUGAAAAUCACGUUUUAUUAAGGAAGAGGUUUUGUAUUUAGUUUCUUCUUUCUUUUUUCUUUCUUUGCGUCUCAAGUUGCAAUCAAGGAGGAGCUGAAAUUCCUUCGGGACUUUAAAACCUGCUCCUGAACUAUAAGAGCUGCGAACACACGGAAGGAGUGAAUCACAGCUCGUGAGGCGGAGUUCAGCCCAACACUUAAUAUCUGCACGGCACACAAAUCUGAGCAUUCAGCACAGGUUAGUCUGUAUGUACCAGAGCAAGAACGGGUAUAAACAGAUUGUUUUUUCCUACAAUAAUCAGCCUUUCAGCGAGAAACUCACAAAGAUAAUUUCUGUGGUACAUGAAACUAAUUACCUGGAAAGAAAAAACAAUUAGUCUACCGGAAGAGGGGACGCACGAAUCACGGCAGAAGUUUAUUUCAGGACCGCAGGCGCGCAGAUGGCCACUUUGAUUAGUGCGUACUCCCCGUGGCCGGAGAGCUUCGAGUCCUCCGCGGGAGAGGGAGACCUGCCGGACGGACACGCUGCGCACAGACCCGCGGGGGACAAAGGCGCGGAGCCGCGCAUUAGAAGACCCAUGAACGCCUUCAUGGUUUGGGCGAAAGAUGAACGCAAGCGGCUUGCGGUGCAGAAUCCAGACCUUCAUAAUGCGGAACUGAGCAAAAUGCUAGGGAAGUCGUGGAAGGCGCUGUCCCCGGGGCAGAAGCGGCCGUAUGUGGAGGAGGCGGAGAGGCUGCGGGUGCAGCACAUGCAGGACUACCCCAACUACAAGUACCGCCCCCGCAGGAAGAAGCAGCUGAAGCGCGCCUGCAAGCGGGCGGAGCCGGGCUUCCUGCUGGGCAGCCUGGGCCCCGACCAGAACGCCCUGCCCGACUGCCACGCCCGCUGCCACGCCCUGGAGCCCGAGGAGGAGGCGGUCGCCGGCCUUCCCACCAUCCGCGCGUUCCGCGACCCCCCAGGGCCCGGCGGCCGGUUCGACUCCUACCCCUACGGCCUCCCCACCCCACCGGAGAUGUCCCCGCUGGACGACCCCUCUUCCACCUCCUCUUCCUCCUUCUACUCCUCCUCCUCCUCCCCCUCCUCCUCCUCCUCCUGCCCCAAAUCCCACAUGAGCGGCCCGGCCCCCUACCACCCUGACUUCUCCCAGAAUUCCCUGCACUGCGGUGGCUCCGCCCACAUGGUGAUGCCCCCACCCUCCUAUUACAGCCCCUCCUUCCCCCCAGUGCCCCACAGCCUGCCCCCCCAUCUGGGCCAGCUGUCCCCCCCACCUGAACAUGGCAACCAUGGCAGCCACGGCAACCACGGUCACCUGGAGACGCUGGACCAGCUGACCCAGGCCGAGCUGUUGGCGGAGGUGGACAGGGACGAGUUUGAUCAGUACCUGAACUCCAGCGCACACCUGGACCAGGGCGUGGCCGUCACGGGACACAUCCAGGUGACGCCCGUCAGCUGCCCCUCCAGCACCUCCGAAACCAGCCUGAUCUCUGUGCUGGCCGAUGCCACCGCCGCGUACUACAACAACUACGGGAUCUCCUAAACACCUCCACCGAGCCCCCAGCCCCCCACCCACACCCCACCCCACCCCCCACCACCGCCGCCGCUUACUACAACAACUACGGGAUCUCCUAAACACCUCCACCUCACCCCCAGCCCCCCACCCACACACCCCACCCCACCCCACCCCCCACCGCCGCCGCCGCUUACUACAACAACUACGGGAUCUCCUAAACACCUCCACCUCCCCCCAGCCCCCCACCCACACCUCACCCCCCCCCCACCCCAUCUCCAUCCUUCCUGCUACUGGCUACCCUAGAUGCGCCCCACCCCCCAUCCCAUGCACACGCACACGCAUUUAUGACGGGGAGCAGCUAUAAAAAGCUAUAUCGCCAAUGGAGACCUCUGCCCAUAGCAGGGGGACUGACGAAGAAAAUGAGAGAGAGAGAGAGAGAGAGAGAGAGGAGGACACUUUGGGUUUUUGGACAGCUCAGGGAUGAACAGAUAAACACUGAAGUUUUUUUUUUGCUUCUGUCUCUCGUCUCUGGAAAAAACGCACCAGUGGACUUGCUGUGGUUUAAUUAUGUUUUGUAAUUGUUUUGGCAUGUACAGAUAUAUACUAUUUAUAUGCUAAUGUUGCGUAUUAUAGCGGUUGUUUCUUAUUCGCUGUUUAAAUGUGUAUGUCCCUUUAUUUAGUGAAAGUGGGAGUUUUACCUCAGCGGCUGGCUGCUAGCAGUGCUCAUUGACUGCUGCCACCGCCGUGGGUCCUGAAGAAAACCUUCCAUCGUUUUCCUUUUCACUCUUAAUAUGUAACUUACUCACAUUAGUAUUGAUGAGAAAAAUAAUAAUGAUAAUUAUGAUAAUUACUGUAUGCUGAUUUAGGUUUGUGAAAUUAAUUUAAAUGCAAAUAGAAGGACUCUAUAUAAAUAAAGAGAGCUGGUCGAGCCCCUGGGCACCCAUACAGCAGCGGGUAGUGGUGGCAUCCGGGCCUGCAGGUGAGGGCAGUGAGAGAUGAUGUCACUUUGUGUGUGUUAUGCAAUAAGCUACAACCACCUGCAGUUCUCUGGUAAACUGCAUUGUGUGUAUGUGCAGUGCGACCGGUGACAUGGCAGGUGACCUUGUGUAAUUUGAGCAGACAGGAGAAGAUGAUGUAUCAUAGGUGAGCUCUUUCUGUCAGACCCAGCCGGGUCAAAAUCAUCUGUGGAAAUAAAGGUAUUAAAUAAACAUAUUAUUCAUAAUAUAAAAUC